AUGUAUUUUAAUUUGUUUAAACUUUAUUUGCUUACUUUAAGUAAUUUUUUAUUUUUAUAAAAUGAAUUAUUAGUUUUUUUGUUAAAAAAGGCUUAUAGACAUAUAGUUUUAUAAGAUAUUUACUAUUUAUUAUUCAAUUCUAAUAAAGAUAUAUCUAUCAGUCAAUCAAUCAAAUAUAAUCAAUUAAUCUUAAAAACCUUUCUUCAAUCUAAAUUUGUUGAAUUAGAUAGCUAGCUAUAUAUAAAUAGGAUUGAUUAAAAAUAAAUGAGUUCAAGCAGAGAGAGAAAAAGAUCAGAUUCUAGAUCUAAAAAGGACAAAAAAGACAAGAAAGAUAAAAAGGAGAAAAAGGACAAGAAAGAUAAGAAAGAGCAUAAAGAACAUAAAGAAAGAAGAGACUCAAGGGAAAAAAAGUCUAAAAAAGAAUCAAAAGACCGUAGAGAUAGAAAAGAAAGUAGGGAUAGAGAAGAAAAGAAGGAUAAAAAAGAUAAAAAGGAUAAAAAGAAAAGAGAUAAAUCUGAAGAUAGAAAAAGGAGAAGUAACUCUUAUCAUUAAAAAAGAAAAAGGUCUUCUACUAAGAGUAGCUCUAGAGGCAGAAAAAGAUCUCAGCCUUAAAGAGGGUAAAAUUUUGGAUUUGCGUUUGAUAGUCCUCCAAAAGAAAUCACAUAGAAAGAAGAACCUGCAUAAAGUUAAGAAGUCGUUAAUGACUUUUCAAAUGUCAUAAACAAUCCUAAUUUUAAUCCUAAGUUCAAAGAAUUAUUUAUGAAGUUAUAGAAUAGCAAACUGCCUGAUUUAUAAAAUUCAAAGUGCGAUAGAAAACUUUAUAUAGGAAAUAUUCCUCCUGGUUUAUAGCCAGUUAAAUGUUAAUUGAUGAUCAACAGUGCUCUAAAGCAACUCAAAGUCAAUUAAGAAACGCCUGGUGAUUCUUGCGUCAGUAUAUGGAUAAGUCCAGAAGGGAAUUAUGGUUUUGCAGAGUUUAGAACACCUGACGAAGCAACAAAAGCUCUUAAUGCAUUAGUUAAUGUAACAUUAUUGGGAUAACCAUUAAAGGUAGGGAGACCUGCACAAUAUACAAAAUCUUCAACUGAAGUUUCAUCAAGUGGAGCCAAUUCUGGUGCAACUGGUUUUUCUUCAAGUGGUCGUUUUGAUAUUCUUAGUUUGUUAGAUCCUAAUGGCUAAAAAAAGGACUAAGAAGAAGCUGAAGGUGCAUAAUAAGCUGCAAAUUUAACUUUGAUCCCAGGAUUAGAGGCUGCUCCACCUGUAACAAAUAAAAAUAUGAUAAGUUUAAAAGUGUAAAUACCAACUAGAAUCCUUGUUUUACACAAUAUGAUUGCAGAUGGUGAAUUAAUUAUUGAUGAAGAAUUCAGAUAAAUAGAAGAAGAUGUAAAAGAAGAAUGUUCAAAGCAUGGUAAAGUAGUAAAAAUAACUAUUCCAAGACCUAGCGAUUCAAAUGAAUAAGUAAAAGGCUAAGGCCGUAUUUUUGUAGAAUAUGAAAAUACUGAUGCAGCAAGAGAUGCAAGAAGAGAUCUAAAUGGUAGAUUAUUUAACAAUAGAACUGUUCAAGUAUAAUACUUCAGCGAGCAAAAAUAUUUAGAUGGGGAACUGGAUUUUAGAAUAAGAUGA